UUGUAAUAAUUUGAGGGAUUGUAAACAAAACAAAUUUAAACAUAAUAUACUAAUGAUACAAGUUUAGUUUAGUUAGGCCUACCAUUAACAUUUUGGAUUUUGACAUUUAAUAUGGCUAUUUCAAUUUUUAAUAGAAAAAAACAGUUUUUUGCUCCUGAGGUUGAAGGAUUAAUUAAGCAGUUAACAAAUUUUAAGGAAGACGAUAGAAACUACCAAGAGGUGGAAAAGUUUAUUUAUUCAAAUAUAAUUCAUCAUAAUUUUGCCACUGUUGACAUUGCAAUAGUAAAAAAUACUAUUGAUGGCUAUGUUGAAAAGUUUCAUGCACAUGGGCUCAGUAAAAGAGCCAAACAACUGAAAGAAUUAGUUGACAAGUAUGUUACAUCGGACUCAAGUCAGCAUACUCAGCUGAAUGUUCAAUGGCAUGUUCUGUGGCUUCUUCUAAACUUGUCAACUAGACCAACAGCAGUUUCUGAUGAAUGUGUCAGCAUUGAAGAGUUACCAGAAUUCAUAAAAGAAGAAGAAGAAAUCGAUUGGGCCGAAUAUCUUCGAGAGGGGUUUGAAGAGUUUAGAUAUCCCAGCGAUGAAAGUGAUGAUGAUUUAGACUGGCUUAGCGUAUCUGAAGAGGACUGUACAGGAGUAGAAUAUGUCUCGGAUGCGAAUGAGGAAGAUUUGAAGAGUUUUGGUAACAUACCACAUCCGUCACUGUGGCAACUCACUCCCCAGUUGUCCCAGAGAGAGACUCUACGCAGGGUGGUGAGGGAGGGGAAAGAGGCAGAGGAGUGGUUGAGCAGCAAUUUGCAACACUCCUGGUGGUCGGAUAAGUCCUUCAGGAGCGUUCUGGAGAGUCACCAUCCGGAGACCCGGGUGUGUCAAAUAUGGGAAGAGACAUUUAAGUCCCAGGUCGGAGAGGAUUCGACAGACCAGCUGCUAGUAAUAUCUGAGUUUAAAGUGCUACACGAGGUGUUAUGGAUGCUUCAAGUACCUACAGAUUGUGCUCUUUUUUAUCAAGAUGAUAAUGAUAAGUUUCAUGUCAAAGCGGAUGUUUCAAUGCCUUCGACGAUUCCAGAAACAUUGGGAUUGUACUUGGAGGAGUUUUGCCCCUAUAUCAACAUGGUUAGCUGCUUGAAGACGUUUGAAGAACUUCUGAAUGAACAAGAAAUGGGAGACAGUCCUCCUCCAGUUACAUACAAAGCUUACUGUGCAGCUCUCUGUAGACAGUUGCAGAAGUUCACUGAGGUUGUCAUCGGCAUCGAAACUAGACUCAACAAGCAAGAUGAAACGAUGACUCUAAUAUCUGUAAGGGAAGAGCUGUCCCCGGCUCUCAAGAUUCUGCAGUAUUUGCAUUGUAUCCAUAUCAAGGCCAUUACAGACUGGGUAUCUCAACCUGCUUGGUUCUGUGCCACUAGAUUGCUAUCAGUUCUGUAUGAAAUCGUCAGUGAAGCAAGCGAUGAAAAGUUAUUGGAAGUUUCUUUGGACAUAUUCAUCCACAGUUUCCACCCGUAUCUGGAUAUUAUUGAUGUAUGGCUGUGUGAAGGCAGAUUGGAAGACUGGCGCAAAGAGUUUCUAGUCAUUAAGGAAGACGGUGGUAUUCCAGAGGUGAUGCCUUACGAGUCAGAGAUGUUGAAGUGUGGCGUUACUCCUGUGAGACUUCUCACUAGUCUGGUGGAUGUUGUGAGAGAGGCAGGUCGCACCAUGGAGAUAGUCAACAGUCUCAACAAACUGUCUCAGUUCAGAGACACUGUGCGCAACAAAGGCUGUCUUUUCAGAGAGUUUUCUGAUAAUGUUUACAGUGAAAUCAAGAGGUUGAAAGAUAAAAUUUCAGAACUACCUAAAAUAGAUGAAGAAAUACCUGAUAAUGUGACAGAGAAAAUCUGCUAUACUUCAGUAAGAAGCAGCUGUGGUGAUUUAAUCGAAGAUGAAGAAAAAAGUAUACAUGAAGAAUCCGAAUCUAAAGCAAUCAGUCCAGUAUCUUCAAGAAAAUCAAGUAGACCGACGUCACCCACUGCUCUAGUCCCUAGAUAUCUUCAGUCACUCAGUGGCAAAGCUAUGUAUGCUCAGACUAUGUCAGUUCUACUGCAGAACCCAUUGUUGGGGGAAGUGUUUCGUGGUUACCUCUCUCCUCCACGCCCCCCCUCCCCACCAGCUGUCAAACCUGUAUUCCCUCAAGAGGCCUCUGAUUCUGAUUGCAGUGUUAGUCUGGUGGGUCUGAUGUCCAUUCACAGUGUCCUAGAGAGACAGCUCUCCCUGGUAGAGAGCAGACACAAGUCUGCGUCUAGUCUAGUCACAGACACUCUGCUAACAGAACACAACCUUUGUAAACACUUGACAGUUCUGCGCACCGUCUACUUCAUGGAAAACGGCAAUCUGGCACAGAGCUUCUACUCAUACUUGUUCAAAGAGAUAGAAGCUGGGACAUGGAACAACUCAAUAUCAUUGAAUGCCCAGUUAAAGGUUUGUGUAGAGGAGUACUUUCCUGGAUUCGAGAACUACUUUACAGUUCAGAUUGAGACGUCCUGUAGAGAUAAGUCCAGCAAUGCUUUAGUCCAUCACAUCAUCCCAGCAAUAUCUCUGGCUUACAGGGUGGAUUGGCCAGUUAGCCUAGUAAUUUCAGAGGCAUCAAUCGCAAGCUACAACAAGGUAUUCAGAUUCCUACUUCACCUCAAGUAUGCCUUCUGGACCCUGCACAACACACGUUUCUCAGACCUGACAGACAGUUCACAUCCACUGUGGGUUCGACGGUUGCAUGUGCUCAAGACUUGGAUGCUGCACAGCACCAACACACUGCACUCGUACUUCAUGGGGCUCGUGUUGCGAAGUUACUCGACACAUCUGGAGGAGUCUGUCUUGUCAGCUGACUCUCUGCAGGUCAUUGUUCAAGCUCACAACAAGUUUUUGGAUGAAGUAAAAAUCCAUUGUCUGCAAGACAAAACCAACUAUCUAGAAAAUUUUAUAAAAAGGCUACUAAAGCUAUGCUCUAUGCUAGCCGAGUUGUGGGAGCUGGAAGUGGUGGGAGGGGGUGACUUGGAGGCUGAGCUGUGUGUGUUGGAGGAAGCCUUCCUUGUGGCCUACCACAGCCUCAUACACUGUCUAGAGAUGGUCUCGCCUGAAGAGGACCAAGGCAAUUUCUUGUACGAGCUGAAGUGUGAAAUAGCUUCAAGUGAGCCAGAAUGUUUUACUCUGGAGGCAAAAAGUAUCAACUCGUGAAUUGAAUCCAAUACCAACCUAUCAGCCAUCUUGUAAAUUAUUGUUUGUAAAACAUUGUUCAUAGUGUGUAUUUAUCUUGUAAAUCAGUCUAAUUUUCAGGUUUAUAGAUUUUAAGUUAUAUUUAUUUAGUUUAGUUAUGAUUUUAACAUGUACAAAGAAACUAAACUAGUAUGAAAAUUACUAAGCACACAAAACUGGAUAAAAAUUGAACCAUGUGAAAAAAUUAAACUAAUUUAAU